CUCGCUCCUACCUGGAGCUUUACCAGCAGGAAAGCGGUGAACAGGCAGGUGCAGAAUCGUCUUGGGAGCAGGAGAUGAAAUCAGGUUCAAGACAAACUGUUCACCAUCUCCAGGUGUAAAUGGCUGAACCUCUGUUUACCAGGUUGGUGGUCUUCCCCCCUCUCCCCUGGGGUCAGACCCACUUAUCCCAUCUCCGGUCCCACGUAAGUUUGUAUACUAAUCCCUUCAUGCACAAUUACAGCCCUAAGACUGUCUCCCACUCGUGCAAACACAGCCUGUGCGCACGAACGCAGAGGCGCUGCAUUUAAGCAAUAGGGGACCCCUGGGGGAACUCCUUUCGCCUGAGAGGGAGAGGCUGGAACUGCGCGGGUCCUAAGCGCAGUCUUCGGACCGGUCCUCUUGCUCUCGGGUCUCGGGAAUGCUGGCAGCCGGGCGGUGGGUAGAAAACCCCGCCGGCGGUCCUCGCUCCUGGUCACCGUUCCCCAUCGGUCUGCCUCACUGGGGCCGGGGUCGGGCUCCGGGGGAAUGGGGUUUCGUGGGCACUUCUAGGACCCUAGUAACUCAGGACUGAGCGGCCACCCGAGUGACUCGUUCGGUCGCGGUGGGUAAAAUCGGCCGCAGUACCCCUCGGGGGACCGAGUUCCGGUCUGACAGAUGGCUAAUAUGAAGCUCCUCGCCGUCUUCACUCGGAUGGUGGAAGAUGUGGAGCACACCUCUGUGGGCCACCCCUCUGCGGGCCUCCGGCCGGAGGGACUCAAGCCGGCUCUGCGAGAUCCGAUCUGGGAGCGACUCGGUCCCCAGGGAAGCGGGGUGGGCGGUGUGGUGGGCUUCCUGGAGGAGGUGGCGCUGCGCUGGGGCCUUGCUGAACCCACGAGACAACCGGACCAACUCCCCCCGCCCCUGCCAGGGCCUGGGCGCGCCCCCGCUCUACGGAUCCCCCCUGCCCACGCUCAACAAGACCCCCUGGACCGCGUGGAGCCAGACCCGACCUUCUUCGCCGCGCCGAUGCCCAGACACUGUGGGCCGUCGGGUCCCUGCCUCCCGGCUGGGCCUGGAGACCCCCAGCGCACGGAAUUCACCCCCAACCCCUCCGCCGAGGCUCCACCAGGGGACCGCGCGAUCCCCCACCUGCUUGCUCGCCCUCGUGAUGCUGGCUUAGAACCGGCGGCGCUCUGCCCUCGGAGGUCGGCUGAAUUAAAACCACCGGCCUAUGAAACUUUGCUGUUUGUCCACGAAUGAAGGUAAUAAUAACAACGUUUAACACUGUUACCAUCUCAAAGGAGGCGAUGCAAAGUGUCCGCGGCUUCAGUGAAAAUUUGAUGAACCGCGGUAGAAAGCACUUUUUUUCCCCCGGAAAGUUCUCUUACCCCAGUUGGUUUUAAACUUUUAACACUGACUGUGUAUCUUUUGCAUUUCAAGCCACUGUUUCUAGACUUCUUGGUUAUGGACACCUGUAAAUUUGUAAAUCUUUCAAAAAGUA